AUGCCCCACCCUAGCGACGCCACUGCUAGCUCCUCCUUUCAGUCCUCCUUGAAUCCUCUAGAGGAGGAAUUAGAAAAUGGACAAAAGGAAUCGCUCACUGAGAGCACAGAACUGCGUGUCGGAAAAGGAUGCGUGUCUGAAAAGUGUGCCACCAACGUCAGCGGAACACAAGUAAUCGAUGUUAUCGAGCAAGGAGCAGGGGCACACCCAGAUGGUCCCCAGAUUCCAGUUGCUUCUGAUAGUGAUUCAUUCUCCUCACCAGAUGAGGACAAGUUAGCCACUUUUGAGAAACAACUCGAAGAUGAGUACAAAGUUAAGAGCGAAGCAGAAAAGCUGAUAAAGGCGUAUUCUACCGACCGCUCCAAAGAUCAGAAACAUCUCAGUGAUGCUCAGAAAAUACUCCAUGACAGCAAAAGAAAAAUAGAAAUUUUGCGCAUGUUGAUUCUCCAACAUAAAGAAACACCUACAAUAAGUCCAUUGGAGAAACGCAUUGAGGAGUUGAGCCACCGAUUUGCGAUCGAGCGUGCCGUGGCUGAAGGAGCCAAACAUGCCACCCAGAAAUUGGAUGGAAAGCCGCUUGUUGAGGCACAAUCAAUACUACAGGCGUCAAAUGAAAAGCUGGACCUCCUUAAAUAUUCCUUGCAGGAACGAGUGAAAGAACUUCCUGAUGGCCACCAUAGGAAGAGUAUAACCACCGAGGAACUGUCCCUUGGUUCAGUCAAAUCCAAGUCCAUAGCACUAACCGGUACUCUGAAAGUGCGAGUAAAGGGCUGUCACGGUAUUCUGGAGAAUGUACCUGGCAGACUAAAGGACCCGUCAGAUGUUCUCCCUGGCAGGAGUCCACGUCGAGGAAGAUUCUUAUUAAUGAACCGGAUCAGAAGAAACAACCGUGGCAGCAAUCAGAACAUCCAAGAGACUUUUGACUUUUCUAAAUACAGGAGAUUAGACUCCUUUGAUGAAAGCAAACCUCUAGAGCUUUGUGUAAAGCUAAUAGAUGAACCUUUAUAUUGUGAAGUCCGUACUCAGCUGAAGAUCGAUCAUAUUCCAGUGGGUUCAACAAGUUGGAAAACUGUUUCUAACCCAUCCUGGAAUAAGACAUUUAAACUGGAUUUAGAUAAGUCUCGGGAGCUAGAAAUAUCCUUAUAUUGGCAUGAUCAGAGAUCACUGUGUGCCACAAAGACUCUGAAGUUGGAAGAAUUCCUGUUGAACCCCAAACAGGAACUGUGUCUACAACUGGAACCACAGGGCACCCUUUUCAUCAAGGUGACGUUUUCCAGUCCUUUCACCCAGAAAAGGCCAAAGCUUCAAACAAUUAAGAAAUUAAUCUCCUCAAAACAAGAGGAGACCACCGAACCAGCUCCACUGGAGGAUGCAGCUAUUGAUGCUCAUUCGCUGCCAGAAUCGGAUACUGAGAGCGUGGAUUCAUCGGCGCCGGCUGUGGAUACUGAAACGGAAAAGACCAUCCAGCCAGCUCCAGAAGAAGAUGUUGUUACUGACAAUCCUAUAUUGCCAGUAGCCACUGAGAGCAUGCGUCCAUUAACACCUGAUGCUGAUACCAUUACAGAAGAGACCUUCCAACCACCUCCAGUGGAAGCUACAACUAUUGACAAUGUACCAGUAGUGGACACUGAGAAUGUGGAUUCAACACUACCAGCUAUCAACACCAUUAGUACAGAAACUAUCCAACCACCUCCAGUGGAAGCUAGAAUUUUUGACAAUGCUCCACUGCCAGUAGCAGUAGAGGACUCUGUGAGCAUGGAACCAUUACCACCAGCUAUUGUAAGCUUGCUAGAAAUGACAAUCCAACCAGCUCUAGAAGUUGAUUUAGUUACUGACCCUACUCCAUUGCCAGUAAAGGACACGGACAGCGUGGAGCCAUCGGUGCCAGCUGUUGAUGAAAUUACAGAAAAGACAAUUCAACCAGCUCCAGAGGAGGAUGCAGCUAUUAAUCCUCAAUCACUACCAGUAGAGGACUCUGAGAGCAUGAAGCCAUUGCUGCCAGCUGACGAUGAAGAUACAGAAAAGACAAUCCAACCACCUCCAGAGGAGGAUGCAGCUAUUAAUCCUCAAUCACUACCAGUAGAGGACUCUGAGAGCAUGAAGCCAUUGCUGCCAGCUGACGAUGAAGAUACAGAAAAGAUAAUCCAACCAGCUCCAGAGCAGGCUGUAGUAAUUGACACGCCUCAAGUGUCAGCAGUGGACAAUAAGAAAGUGGAAUCAUCACCACCUGGUGCUGCUACUGAUAUGGAAAAAAACAUCCAAACAUCAACAGAGAAAGAUGCAGUUAUUGAUAUUGAUAACAUUGCAGAAGAAACCACUGGACCACCAAAGGGUUUAGUUCGUGACGCUGUUCCAUUGGCAGAAGCAGAUGUGGAAAAUCCAUCAUCAUCAGCUGGUAUUCAGCAAGGAGCUCGGCUGAGCAUUCAGGAUUUUGAUUGUCUCUGUGUGCUGGGAAGAGGAGCAUUUGGAAAGGUGGGUUAUGGUGUGAAUUCCACUUUCAAUAUAAAAGGUGUCAAGAUAAAUGCUAGGCUUAUAUGUGAAAAGGAAAUCCUACAGACUGUGAGCGAAGUACAGCAUCCUUUCCUUGUUAACAUGUUGGCAAGUUUCCAGACUCAGGGUCAUUUUUGUUUUUUAAUGGAGUAUGCCGCUGGUGGGGACUUAAUGACCGAUAUUAGGAACAACAACUUUCAGCCAUUUUCCACAACCAGAGCUGUGUUUUAUGCGGCGUGUUGUGUGCUCGGCCUGGAUUUCUUGCAUCAAAACGAUAUUGUUCACAGAGAUCUCAAAUUGGAAAACAUUGUAAUUGACAUAGAUGGAUUUGCCAAAAUUACAGACUUUGGUCUUAGUAAACAAGGAUUAAAGUUCCUGCUUCUAAGCAGUACUACUCUUAUGGCUUAUCAUGCUAUAAUGAUUCCAUUGUGUGUGAAUGUGGGCUCGGGCAGUUUGAUUUGUAAGGCUCUGGAAACACAGCUGGUCCUGUGUGAAUAUUCGCUUUUGCAUAAAGAUCCCAAAGUCCGUCUAGGAGCCAGCGAGAAUGAUGCCUGGGAUCUGAAGAGCCACCCUUUUUUUAAACAAAUAGACUGGUUCGCAUUAUUGUUUAAGAGUGUCAGGCCGCCAUGCGUACCAUCCAUCGAGGGACCAGACGACGUCCGCUACUUUAAUAGAAUGUACACAUCAUGCGCCCCCAUUCUGACACCGCCAGGCGAGUCUGAGUCACUAUCUGAUGUAGAGCUGGAGCUAUUCAAAGAUUUUGACUGGGUUUCCGAUAGGAUUUAA